CGAACAAACAAAAGAGUAUGUCGUUAAAAUUAGAAGCAAACUUGAACAGACCAAAGAUUCGCCUUCUGUGCGCUGUUGACGACCAUGACAAAUUUGGAAUAGUGCAUUACUCCCUGCCAUCAUAGGAGCGUUACGCCGACGAGAAAGUGAACACGGAAGUACUCUCCAAUCUGUGAAGCAGAAUUCCAGUACGAAGACAACAUACAGUGCCGCCCAACAAGUCGACCCCCUUUCUCGCAAUAAAAAGCGCUGCACUUCUUGCUGGCAGAAGGAGUGUUGUUCUGUCAUCUUCAAUUACCCAAAGGAGAAAGAGAAAAGCGAGCAGCACCUGACGACCAUACCUCCGCCAGGAGCGAAGAUGCCGGACAAGAUCUCCCGCGACGAACAGCCGGCAAUCCCGGCCGCCGCGGCGUCGAAUCGCUUGAAGUACCACAACUUUUCCGCGGGCCCGAGUCGUUUGUUUGAUGAGGUGAUGGAAAAGGCGCACGAGAGCUUCUACCACUUCGACAAGACGCUGGACCGCUUCGGCCCGAACUUCAUGGAGUUUUCGCACCGCGAGCCCUUCGGCGAGGUGCAGCAGGUCAUGCUGGAGUACCAGAAACUGGUCAAGGAACUAUUGAACGUCCCCGACAACUACCACAUUCUGAUGAUGCCGGGCGGCGCGCACCAGCAGUUUUCCGCGGUGAUGGUCAACUUGUGCAAGAACAAGCCGAACGAGUCCCCGCCGCACUACGUCGACUCCGGGAACUGGUCGCGGAAGGCCGCCGCGAUCGCGGAAGCCUACUGCAAAACCGCUUACCCGGAGUGGUACGGACGGAGCGGAACUUCCAGUAAAAUCUCUUGUUCCACCACGUCGAAGAAGAAUGGUUCCAAAAGCAGUUGCAGUAGCAGCAGCAAUCUCAAUCUGCCGCGCUCCUCCUCCGCGACGUCUUUCUGCUCCACAACCACCGGCGGUUUCACCAUGAGCCCAUCCGACGAAGACUUCGCGACUUCGUCUUCCAAAGGGGACAUGAUGAAAGCCGAAUCCUCCGGGAUGAACAUGAACAAUCUCGCGACCAACAACAGUUCCUUCGAGGCCUCUCCGCCCUCCUCCACCCUGUUUCGCUCUUCUUCCAUCGCCACCAGCACGGGGUCCCACAACGAGCCCUCGCCGAUGCUGCCGAGUCGGGUUUUUUCGGAAACCAGUUCGGACGCGGAGGAAGAGUUCUCGCCUGUUGUCCAGAUGGUCGUCUUGGAGGAGGACAAGAACGUGGAGUCUUCAAAAAUGCAGCCGAAAAAUAACUUGAUGAAGGCCAGUAGCAAAAGUAGUGUGAUCUCCGACUUUUCCGAGCAGGUCCACGGCCCGCUGUUCUGCAACAAGGACCGCGGCUGCGUCAACAAAGUCACGGAUUGGCAGGUCCGGGAGGACGCCGCGUACGUGUUUUGCUGUCUGAACGAGACCAUCGAGGGGCUGGAGGUGUUCGAGGAACCGGAUCUCGCGUUGAUCGACCGCGCGCACAUCCCGCUCGUCGCGGACGCGACCUCCACCCUCUUUUCGCGCCCCAUCGACGUGUCCAAGUACGGCGUGCUCUUCGCCUCCGCGGGCAAGAACCUGGGCCCCACGGGGGUGUGCUUGGUGCUGGUACGUGAUGAUUUGCUGUCGGACAACUGCAAGAUCGUCAACGGGGUUUUGGACUUCGGCGACGCGGUGAAGGAACAAGCCGGUUGUAGUUCUGGUGCGCAGAACGUUUCGGUUUCGGAGGAAAAAAUCCUGGAGUUCACCUCGCUACCGAUGAUGGACUGGGGCAAGUACGCGUUUUCGAAGCCUGUUCCGAACUAUCAAGAGGAAAAAUCCCCCCUCCCCAUAUCGAAACGAAGUUUCUGAUGCUGGAUUUCCGUACACAAAUCAGAUUUGUCUUGCAGUAGGGGGCUGCAGGCAUAUGUCAAGCCUCGGUCGAGAGGUUUUGACGUAGGCGCCUAGCAUGACAAACGUGUAUGCUCUAAGCCCAACAGCAUCACAAACCGCCUGCAAAAUGCAGGGGGCUCUCUGGACUUGCCUUCUUGCAAGACAGACAAGAUUUGAGGUCACAAAUGUGCGUCACAAAUUUUCAGACGGAUGCGUUUUCAAUAUGGGGAGGGGGGAUUUUUCUUUACGAUACGAACAUCUACAACACACCAGCGACGUACCCGCUGUACCUGGGCUACCUGACGUUGAAGACCACGCUGGAGAAGGGCGGUAUGGUCGCGAUGGAGGAGAAGGCGAAGCAAAUUUCCGACAAGAUUUACAACUUUCUGGACGACGAGUUCGAGUCGCACGGGUUCUACAAAGUCGUAGUCGACAAGAAGUUCGCCCACGAUCGCAGCCGCAUGAACAUCUGCUUCAAAAUCAAUGAGUAAGCGAGGGAAAGGAAAGUUUGCUUGAAGAAAGACAAUGAAUUUGGCAUUCAGAUCCUUGGUGGUGCUGCAUUGUUUCCGAGCAGUCUCGCACUGGCGCUCUUGGUCUUGCGUUGAUAAACAUUUUUGCACUUCAUCAAGAUGAGCAAAAUCGCACCUCCACAUCAAGUGUUGUAUGUGCAUCGUUCACAUUGUUCGAAGUAACCAGGCAGCAUCUACUCAAAUUCUAAGAGAAACUUUGGCUUUUUUUUUCCUCAGCACAACAGCACUGCUUUCCCGGCUGCGCGCGAGUUGGAAAAGGAGUUUCUCGAGUUCGCCGCGAACAAGUACAACGUGCAUCAGCUCGCGGGACACCCGGCGGCUGGCGGCUUGCGCUUCACCACCUACAACGCGAUCCCGGAGGCGAGUGUCGACGUCGCUUUGGGUGCACUGACCGAGUUUCGCAAGCUCCAUGCCGCAGCUUAA